UUUUCCGUCGCAUUUAGACUCUAUUGAAGUUUUUACUGCUUAUCGUUUUUAUUUUCGUCGUUUUACUCGUUAACCUCUGCCCCCAUAUUGCCGCCAAAUACAACCAACGGAAGUGAACCGGAAGUUGUCAUCAGCUAGCAGAAGCUAGCAGUUUGACGACAAAGAUCCGAUCCGGUGAGCAUCAGACGGAGCUGAUUAUUGAUUAUUAUUGAUACGUUUCCCGCUUUACAGUCGGAUUAGACCGUGUAAACUGUCUGGGAAAACUUCCGGUCCGGGCGCAGUUCGACUCCAUUCGGACGCUGCUUUUACCGAUCUUAUCGAGUAUAAACAUGUGUGAGGAGCAGACGGUGUCCUUGGUUGAUGUUUUGGAGGAAGAUGAAGAGUUGGAGGAAGAGGCUUCAGCUGUUUUGGCAGGAAGUGACUCAGAUCACUGCUCAUACCCUCAGGGCUAUGUGAAGCGCCAGGCUCUCUACGCCUGCAACACCUGUACACCAAAGGGAGGAGAGGCAGCAGGAGUGUGUUUGGCGUGUUCAUAUAAAUGUCAUGAAGGUCAUGACCUCUUCGAACUCUACACUAAGAGGAACUUUCGUUGUGACUGUGGAAACAGGAAGUUCACAGAGCUGCAGUGUAAACUCUACCCUGAUAAAGAUGAGGUCAACAGUCUGAAUAAAUACAGUCAUAACUUCUUUGGAGUUUACUGUACCUGUAGCCGGCCUUAUCCAGACCCAGACGACCAGGUGGAGGACGAGAUGAUUCAGUGUGUGGUGUGUGAGGACUGGCUGCACGGCAGGCACCUGGGCUGUGUGGUUCCAGACUGUGUGGAGCUGCAGGAGAUGAUUUGUGAGUCCUGUAUGAACAAACACCCUUUCCUCUGGACCUACUCUGUUCACCUGGCAGUUCCAGGUGUAGCAGCACAGGUGAAGGAGGAAACAGGAGGAAAUUCAAACACAGACGUUCCCAACAAAGAAGAACAGGUCGAUGAUGUCAUCGAGCCCAGCAGUAAGCGGAGCCGUGAGGAGGUGAAGCCUAGCUGCAAACUGAAGGAACUGCAGGGGAUUGGUCAGAAUAGAGUCCAAUCAGGAGCUGUGUUCUGGCCUUCAGCAUGGCGCUCCAAACUCUGCUCCUGUAACACCUGCCAGGAGCGUCUAUCUGAAGCUGGUCUGUCCUUCCUGUUGGACGAGUCGGACACCGUCCUCGCCUACGAGAAAAAAGGAAAGAACAACGAACAAAGACAACAAGGACAAGACCCUCUGAUGUCGGCGCUGGACAAUCUGAACCGGGUCCAACAACUCGAGAUCAUCCACGGAUACAACGACAUGAAAACUGAACUGAAGGACUUCCUGCAGAGAUUCGCAGCUGAAGGAAAGGUUGUGACUCCUGAUGACAUCCGUCAGUUCUUUGAGCAGCAGCAGAAUCGCAAGAGACGACGAGUCGACGCUGGACGUUUCUACUGCACCUGAUCACCUUUGACCUUUGACCUCCAGCUAACCAUGUGAUGACCACUGACCUUCCAUUGAUCUCCUGACUGGGAUUGUCUUACAUCAUUUCCUGUGAUGUUUCCUGUCGAUCAGCUGAUGUUUGUGGGUUUUCUGGACAUUUUAAAGUUUUUAUCCUCAGUUUAUUUGUUUCAGAGGUCAAAGGUCACCAACAUUAAUGUCUGUGUUGUCUUUGUGUUUCCUUUUUAAUGAAAACCAAUAAAACUGAACCACAACACCAACAUGA